UUGUUAGAGUGCGUCGGUGAUUCCUGACAUCCACUGAGUGUUCUGGAACGUUAACUGCGCUACUAAUUGUCGUCAUGGGGCGUGCAGAAGCAGAUAGUGAGAAAGAAAAGGGUAAUGACGCUUAUAAAAAAAAGGACUUCGAAGCUGCAAUCACACAUUACGACAAUGCAAUAAAACUUGACCCAACGUGCAUAACGUAUUACACAAACAAAGCUGCAGUGUAUUACGAGAAAGGUGAAUAUGAUAAGUGCGUGGAGAUAUGUGAAGAGGCUGUUGAGAUAGGCAGAGAAAACAGAGCCGACUUCAAAUUGAUUGCCAAAGCAUUCGCGCGUGCUGCUCAUGCUUGCGAGAAAAAAGAGGAUUAUCCUAAUGCAAAAAAAUAUUACGACAAGUCACUGUCCGAAUCAAAACAACCAGAUGUUGAAAAGAGUGCUCGAGCUUUAGAAAAUCGUAUGAAGGAAAUGGAAAGGUUAGCAUAUAUUAACCCAGAGAUGUCAGAAAUGGAGAAAGUCAAGGGAAACGAAUGUUAUCAGAAGGGUGAUUACCCAGCUGCCAUAAAACAUUACACUGAGGCUAUAAAGAGAAAUCCAUCUGACGCAAAAUUGUAUAGUAAUCGUGCAGCAUGUUACACAAAGUUAAUGGAGUUUCCUUUAGCGGUUAGUGAUUGCAAUAAGUGCAUCGAGGCAGAUCCGAAAUUUAUCAAAGGUUACCUCAGGAAAGGAGCAGCAUGCAAUGCUAUGAAGGAUUUUACUCAAGCAAGGAAGGCUUUUCGGAAAGCUCUAGAGCUAGAUCCAGAUUGUUCGGAAGCUAGAGAAGGUCUCAGUCAAUCAUAUACAAAUGAUGACGAUCCAGAAGCUGCUCGCAAGCGUGCUAUGAACGAUCCUGAAAUAGCUUCCAUCUUGUCCGAUCCAGCCAUGCGCCUUAUUCUAGAUCAGAUGUCAGAUCCUACUGCACUUCGUGCACACCUUAAUAACCCAGAGAUAGCAUCCAAACUAAUGAAGCUCAUCGAUGCCGGCUUAAUUUCAUUUCGGUGAACAUUCCUCAUGAUAGUUCUGUUUUCAAGAAAUUAAUUCACGAACACUUUUAACUCUUGUUACUAUUCGAAUGUCCUUAAAGAAUGCAAAAGUCGAAUAUUCAAAUACUUUUACUUUUAUUAGCCAUCAACUUCAGGAAAACAACUAGUUCAGAACCAAUACUUUCUGCUUGCGGGAAUUUUGAUUCAUGUACAUUUAUACAAACAAUAAGUCUUGAAAAUACAGGCGAGUAAAGUA